AUGAAUUAAACAUCUUCAAGAGAAUAUGGAAAUUUGUAAAGAUCAUAUUCAUCAAGAAUAUAAUCCAAUUCUACCUUCAAAGCAAAUUCACAAUUAAAUCAAUAAAUGCCUUUAAAUGAAUUUAUUAUGCAAUAUCCAUGUUAACCAAAAGACUCAAUUAUAUUUGAUAUGAAUGGAUUUGAACUUGAUAUAAAAGAACCUUAAAACUUAGAUUCUUAUUCAAAUAGAAGUAAAUAGUAAAAUUCUUAAUAAAUGAUUAUUUUGGCAGUAUGUCAUUCAAAUUUAUUUAGGAAAGAAGAAAAAUUACAUCUCCGUCUUUGAAAAAAAGAAAGAAAAAAAUUAAAAUGGAAUAAAUUAUCUAAAAAUUCAUUGAAAAAAUAAAGAUUAGCAAUAAUUUAUAUAUUAAGCAACCUUAUGUUAAUACACUUCUACAAACAUAUUCAAGUCCAUUUAAUAAAGAAAAUGGAAAAAAUUAAAACAUUAUAAAUAAAAUAAAAUAAUCAAUAAAGUUCCCUAUUGCAAGUUAAUGUAAAUUUAGAUUGUUUUAGAAACUAUUCAUGUAAGUCCUUUAUCUUACUACUAUUAUUUUUUCUCCUUUAAUAUUAAUCUAUCCAAGUAAUAGCGUAAUUAAAGCAUUAUUAUUUGUUUAAUUAACCUUAUUAAUAAUUAACUCUAUUAUAAAUUUGAACACAUGUUAUUACAAAAAUGGAGAAGAGAUAACAUAAAUAGCAUCGAUUUAAUUGAAUUAUAUAAGAAGAUAUGGUUUAUAAGAUUUAUUGUUAUUUCUAUCCUUUAUCUUUGUAUUAUAAUUUUGUGAAACGAAUUCACAAAUUUCGAUUAUUGCUUUAAUUAUAUUGAAUCUUUUAAUAGUGAAAUUGAUAAAAUUAAAUACAUUGAUAUCAUUAAAAUGCGGUCUUAUGUUGGGUCAAUAAUUUAUUAAAGCACUAUCAUAUUGUCAUAUAUUUGCAUUAAUUUCUAUUUCUUUUAAAGAUGAAAUCAGUUUUGAGCCAAUAAGUAUGUAGAGUAAGACUUAUUUGAGUUAUCUGCAUAUAUAUAUUAAUGAAUAUUUGACAAUAUCUAGUACAUUAGAAAAUGAAACUAAUUUUUAAUUAUUAUUAGCAUUACUAGUUUAACUAAUUUUCACAAUUAAUAGAAUUAAUUUAAUUUUAGAUAUCUUAUUCUUUUUUAAUUAGAACAUUCAUGUGUAUCUUUUAAAAAAAAACUAUUUAGAUUUAAAAGCUUAUCUUAAAAAUCAUAAGGUGGAAUAAAAUUUGAUGAAAAGAGCACUUAGUAAUUAUAAAUUUGAGAUGAAAAAGGAUUUUUAAUAAUAAAAUUUUAUGAUGGAUUCUAAAUCUAUAAAAUAUGUAGAUUAUGAGAUUUAGAAGGCUGUUUAAAACACUGUGAAUGCCAAAUAUUUUAAGAAAAUUUAAGUAUUUUCUUAAUUUUCAUAAAAUAUUUAAGAGAAAUUGGUAGAAAAUAUGUAAUUAUAAUAUUUUUAACCAAAUGAAAUAAUAUUGAAAUAAAAUUGCAGAGAUGAUGAUUCUUUGUAUUUAAUUAAAAAAGGUUAAAUAAAAGUAUGCUAUUAGAGUGGUAAUAAAAAAUAAUUUGGAAUAAAAUCUUUAGGAGAAAUGUAAACAUUUGGUGAAGUAUCUUUUUUUACAGGAUUACCUAGAACAAGUACAAUUGUAAGUCUAGGUCCAGUAGAAACGUAUAAAAUUCGAAGAAAUGAUUUUUUAGAAGCUAUAAGAAAUAAUCGUUAAGAUUUGGUAAAUUUAUUAAUUAAAAUAGGAAAUAGCAUCUUUUAUGAAAGAUUAGAUUCUUUAAAAUAAUAAAUAUGGUUUAAUAGGAUUAAAAUGUUUUUGUUGUAAAUCAAAAGAACAUUUAAUUUUUUAAUGUGACAAACUUCAUUAUAAACCAGACAAAGAGAAAAUUAUAAGUUAAUAUUAAUAUAAUCAUCAUUAAUUAAGAAGAAAAUGUAAUUUAAUAAUCUUUAUAAAUAGAUAAACGAAAUCAUAAAAGGACAACUAAUAGUAGAUAAUAUCUAUUUUAAAUAGGAAUGGCAGGAGAGGAGUAUCAAGAAAAUAAUUUUUUUGCAAAUUAAUCAGAAAUAUUAAAAGAUUUGACAUAAAAUUAUAAUUACUAAUCGUCUACUAAUAUCUAAUAAAAUUAAUCAUUACCAAUGCCAUUUAUUCCAAGUAGAGAAAGAAUAAAAUCACUAGAUAAAAAUAGUAGUAUAUUGAUAAGUGAAUUGGAUGAUAUAAGAGAAUAAUUUUAAGAAUUGGAUCCUAUGAUUUAUAGAAAGGAUAAAGCUUUAUUCUCUUAAAAUAAUAAUUUUCCUAUAAAAGAAGUUAUAUAGGAACUUGAUGGAGAAGAUUAGAGUUCAUAUUCGGGAGAUAUACCAUAAGAAAUUGGUUUUGCUCUAUUACAAUAACCUAAAGAUAAACUGAAGUAAAAUAAUAAUUUACUAACUAUUCCAACAGAUAAAGAUAAACUAUAAGAAAUGUUUAUAUUUAAUUCUAUUAGUCAACCUUAAUUAAUUAAUAAUAGUUGUUUAUUACCUAAUUCUUAAGAAAUGAAAAACUCAAAAUAAAGCAGAAAAUCUUAAAGUUAAACUUUGCUUCAUGUCUAAUAAAAUGAGAUUAAUAAAAAACAUGAUAAUUUAAGAUCUUCAGGUAAAAUAACUCAUUAUGAUGAUUUCGAUUUAAAUCCAUCUGAUCGAUCUUCUCCAUUAAUGAUAAAGAAAAAUAAAAGUCCAUAACAAAAUAAAAUCAAAAUUGAAGAUAGCCCUUAAAUAUUCAUAGACUUAAAUAAUUCUGUAAUUUAGAUUGUUAAAUUUAGAGUCAUUUUUUCUGUUUAGAUGAUUAUGAAGAACUAGAUAAAGCAUAAAAUUACUUUUAUUAUUAUCCCUAUUAUAAUCCUGAAUUUAUUAUCAACUCGUAAUUAUAUUAUUAUGAUAUUAGAUAUAACAAUUUUAAAAUAUACAGGAUCUAAAAUUUUUUUAAAAAGAGUCCAUAUACUGUAAGCUUUGUCAUAAGUGAUAAAAUUAAAUAAAAAGCGAUAAUUUAAUGA